ACGUUUUUUUUAUUAUUUAUUUUCUUUAUUUAAAGACAUGCGGCGGCAGAGUAGGUCUAAACCUUAAUUGCGAUGGACACAUGCCCUGCCGUCGGCAUAAGAGGCCGCGGCCACCAUGCAGGAUAAUGGUAGAAAGAGUUAAAUAAAAAGAUAUAUAAAAAGCUCGUUGCUACUUCUAACAUGUGAGAAUCCGGUGGGGAAGCAGUGUUUUUUUUUUUUUCGUUAAUAAACGAUAAGGCUUCGAUCGCUUGGAGAAGCUAGUGCUCGAUCGGCAACGCCAAAAACCUACAGAGAGAGAGAGAGAGAGAGUGAUUAUCCAUAUAUAUAAAUAUCUGCUUGCGUGUUGAGUGGGAAAAGAAGAUCGGGGGUUAAAAAAAAAAAAACAGAGAAGAAAAAGAAUAUAUAUAUGGAGGGGGAGCAGAGGCGUGAGGCAACGGAGGCGGCAGGCGCAGAAGGUGGUAAGACGGGCGAAGAGGCGAGAAUAAGGAAGGUGGUGGUGGUGGUGGCGGCGGUGGACGAGAGCGACGUGAGCCUGCAUGCCUUGUCUUGGGCUAUCGACCACCUCCUCAAAUCCGCCGCCAACACCCUCGUUCUUCUCCACGCUCAGCGUGCCAUCGACCACUUCAUCUAUCCUGCUGCAGGACACGCUGUUUAUGCCACGACUUCAGUGCUGGUUUCCAUCAAGAAGGCUCAGGAAGAGAACUCUAGGAAUGUCAUCUCGCGAGCCAUGCAAAUUUGCAGAGAGAAGCAGGUGGAUGCUAAAACAGCCAUCGUGGAUGGCGAUGCAAAAGAGGUAAUCUGCCAGGCCGCGGAGCAAAUGCAAGCCGAUCUCCUCGUCGUAGGCAGCCGUGGUCUCGGCACAAUCAAAAGGACCUUCUUGGGCAGCGUAAGCGACUAUGUUGCGCAUCAUGCAAAAUGCCCUGUCCUCAUAGUCAAACCACCCAAAGAAAAUCACCAGUGAUGCAGUUUUUGUGUUUUUUUUUUUCUCCUCAUGUUGUGCAUGUCUUAAGACGCUUAUUAGUGCAGGUUUAGUUGAGAGAAUAAUGUGAAGGGCUUUGUAAGCUUUUUCCUCAUGAGUUAAUUAGGUUUGGAUCGAGGUAUAAAUCUGCAAGUUCUAUAUUCA